CAACCUAUCAUCCAUCCUCAGAGCUGGGGCUGGCAGUGUUUCUGCCUGUCCUUGUUCCUGUUGGUCUUUAUCUAAAUUAUCUGCUGGCACAUCCAAAAGGUGAUGAUGGUAUGUGACACUGGGUGUGAUGAGGUGUCUGCAGUGCGUUUCCCCUCUCUUAGUACUUGGGGAGGCUGCAUGGGUAGAAGUAGGGGGGAAAGUGCUUUUUUGCUAUGUUUUGUUCCUGAUGUGUUAAUCCUUUCCUGCUCACUGUGCUGUUCAGUCUGUGGGUCUGCAGAUAUACCUGUGCUUAUUGUGCCAGCUUAUUGCUUAAGGUAUUUUGGUAUCAAAAGUGGAGCACUGGUACAAAAAGCUGAUUUUAAUGUCCCCCUUAUGUUAAGGAGCUAUUCCCACUGAAUGCCACAGAGAUCUGUGCACCUGUUCCCCCCAGACAGGAAGAAACAACAGCCUUGAGUCUUCUGCUUCUGUGUUAGUUUGCUGUACAGUACCCAAAAUACAUGGGAGAGAACAACACAAAUAUUCUUACAGGUGUGACAACAAAAAAAUAGAAAAAAAUAAAUCCCUCAAAGGGAAAAAGAAGGAGGGGGAAUCAAAGAAGGAAGACUCAGAUAUUCUGUCAGCACAAAGCAGGAACCCGAAUGCUGCAGCUGGAUGCACGAUUGCUGAUGUCCAGAAUAUCUGAUGUGAUAUAUGACUUGAAGAGGAGCAACGUUUUCUUCAGUAAAAGAGGUGAAAUAAAAGGGUAUCAGGAGAUAGUGAGAGAUGGAUGGAUUUACUUGACCCAAAGAGAAAAAGCUGCUCUGCCCAAAUCAAAUUUCUGAUGACAGCAACAGGAUCAAAAAUUUGACUCAGAUUGGAUGCAGACAUAUGGAUAAAUUCCAGAUCACUUCCUUGAGUGAUAAAGUGAUAAACUUUUUACCUGUUCCACUCUUGACUGCUCUUUUGGUGUGGAGGUCAUCUGCCAGUUCACUUGCAUGUUGUGUGGAAGAAGGUUGCUGGAACUGAAGGUGUAUGGAAGAAGGAGUUUUAAGUUUCUCAGAUAUUGCAAAAGAUAGUUCCUCCUCUCAUCCUGGAAAAUCCUGACAGACCAGUUGGAUACCUUUCAGGCCUUAACUAAGGACUUUAUCUGUUCAUCCCGCUGUCUUUUUUACUGUAGAAAGACCUGAGACACCCUUAAGAACUGAGAAUCUGACUAAUUUAAACAGAUGGCUAAUCCCAGUGCUGUCUGUAAUGGACAUCUACAUCAUCAUCACCAUCAGAAACAGAAUAACGUCUUAAAAAGUGGAGUCUGUAAGAAAAAUGGAAUUACCAAAGGAAUUAAGAAGAAUGGUGUAACAAAUGGAACUCUCCACAAAAAAACGUUUAUUGAGCACUUUGAACAAGCACCAAUGUAUGUUGCUGUUCUUACGUUCGUGGGUUUUGGAGUGGGCACAAUAUUUGGCUACCUGCGAGAUUUUAUGAGAGCCUGGGGACUAGAAAAACGUAACGUUGCACAAGAGAGAGAGCAACAAAAAGAUUUUGUGCCACUUUAUCAAGAUUUUGAGAACUUUUACACCAGAAACCUCUAUAUGAGAAUACGUGAUAACUGGAAUCGUCCAAUUUGCAGUGUCCCAGGACCGCAGUUCGACCUCAUGGAACGCGUCACAGAUGAUUACAACUGGACAUUUAGGUUUACAGGAAGAACUAUCAAGAACGUAAUCAAUAUGGGUUCUUAUAACUACCUCGGCUUUGCAGAAACAGAUCCUAAUGCUUUGAAAACUGUAACCAAAGAACUACAAAAGUAUGGAACAGGAAUCUGCAGUACUAGACAAGAAAUGGGGACCCUAGAUAAGCAUGUAGAACUAGAGAAUCUUGUGGCCAAGUUCCUAGGUGUAGAAGAUGCUAUGGUGUUUGGCAUGGGAUUUGCAACAAAUUCAAUGAAUAUUCCAGCACUUGUUGGGAAGGGUUGCCUCAUUCUAAGUGAUGAAUUGAACCACACUUCUCUCGUUCUUGGUGCAAGGCUUUCAGGUGCUACUAUUAGAAUCUUCAAGCAUAAUAAUAUGCAGAGUCUUGAGAAGUUAUUGAGAGAAGCAAUAAUAUAUGGCCAGCCUCGAAGUCGCAGAGCAUGGAGAAAAAUUAUCAUCCUUGUGGAAGGCAUUUACAGCAUGGAAGGGUCCAUUGUACAGCUGCCAGAGAUAGUCUCCUUAAAGAAGAAAUACAAAGCCUACCUCUAUUUGGACGAAGCUCACAGCAUCGGUGCAGUGGGAGCAACAGGACGAGGAGUUGUGGAGUACUUUGGUAUGAAUCCUGAUGAUGUUGACGUAUUAAUGGGAACAUUCACAAAGAGCUUUGGUGCAGCUGGAGGAUACAUAGCUGGCAAAAAGGGCCUUGUGGACUUUUUACGAGCUCAUUCUCACAGUGCUGUGUACGCCACGUCUAUGUGCCCACCUGUGGCAGAGCAAAUCAUCCGAGCAAUGAAGUGUGUCAUGGGGUUAGAUGGAACAACGCAAGGGCUCCAGAGAGUGCGCCAACUAGGGAAAAACACCAGAUACUUCAGAAGAAGACUGCACGAAAUGGGCUUCAUCAUCUAUGGCAAUGAUGAUUCUCCUGUGGUCCCGUUACUCCUUUAUAUGCCUGGUAAGAUAGGGGCUUUUGCAAGACGCAUGUUAGAAAAAAAUAUCGGGGUUGUUGUGGUUGGGUUUCCAGCUACUCCUAUCACAGAGUCCAGGGCUCGGUUCUGUGUGUCAGCUGCACAUACACGGGAGAUGUUAGACACGGUUUUGAAUGCUCUGGAUGAAUUGGGUGAUUUUCUACAACUGAAAUAUUCACGGUUUUCCAAGUCAUCGCAUCCUGAACUGUAUGAAGAAACUCGGUUUGAAUUUGAAGAUUAAGUUUUCCGCCCAUGAAGAGAACAUUAUGAUGCUAUGAAAGGGGGGAAAACCCAAAAACCAAAUAUGAAUGCAUUUCUUCCCUUCUAAGGACAAUUUUUGUUUCUCAGUUAAUUGAAAGGAGGGAAAGCUUGGUUUUUGCAUUUUAUUGUAUCAAAUUUCUGUAUUUAAGAGACUGAAAUAUUGAUACAGAUUUGCCUCCCAGGAGAUCUGUUCUUCUUAUGGUAUUUUUUAUGCAGAAUGAAUGCAUCCAUUGAUCAUGUUGCUAGCGUACAGCUUUUGUUAUGGCCCCUUUUUAUGAAGAGGCUUCAGAUAGUCCUAAUUUUAACUGAAAGAAUAAAGGUUAAAAACCAAAUGGAUUCAGUGUAGUAUGGCAAUAUAACUGAGCUUCAUCAGUGAAAUUGAAUUCUGUCUGCUGAAGAGCAUAAAUCAAGACAUCGCUGUGGAUUGCUACAGAGCAGAAAGUGACUUCUUAACUAAUUUGCCCUAUUGUGCCUUUUUCCAGGGGCAAAAAAAUAAGUUAGAAGGCGGCUAAUGCUGAGAACACGAAAACUUAACUUACCUCAUCAGAUAUUUCUGACAACAGAUUAUGGGACAGGGGAAUUUCUCCUCCCCUCCACAGACCCUUUCUCUGUCACUUGAAUAUACUGUAAGCCUCAUAUUAUACAAAAGUCGGGGCUUAGAAAUAAAGAAAUGCUUUUAUUCUAAUGCAUUUGACCUACAGCUUUCCCCAUCUUAUCACGACGAGAGCUCCUCAGCAGGCGUGCUCCCUUUUCAUGUAGCAGCAGUAAAUAAUUUUAAUAACCAUUUAACUUUCCCGUAAAAACCUUGAUCAAAACAGUCAGAUACUCGCAGUUCACAAACUGCAGAUGACAUUUAUGAGCCCGUUCCUAAGUUUCCUGACCUACUUAUGGGCUUAAUAAAUUCGCUAACAAGUACAUAAUGCCCAAGCUGUUAGUUAUACAGAACGUGACGUUCAGGAUAGCAUGAGCAGUUCUCCCAGCUGUUAAAUUGAGAGCUCCGCCAUUCCUAACUGUGCUAAGGUCACCCACCUAAUAACAUCUCUUGAAAUGUUCUUGUCUGGUUUAUGCGUGGUCAGGGGUUGUUUUGCUUGUCGAGCUGCAGGCUUUUUGAGUGGUUUAUUUUACAAAUAAUUGAUUAUGUCAUCUGAGAGGAAGACGUCCUUGUUCUCCUUUCCACUGCUCAAGUGACAAAUGCUCAGAGACGCUUGGAGGAAAUGUUGUAGUCUGCAGCUUCCCAGCAGUGCCUUCAGCAGCAGAACUGUCAGCCUCGUGUGGGCUGGGUCGUUGGAGGGAGAUUGUAGCUUUUUCCCUUUUCUGUGGUGUUGAAAAGUGGUUCUGCAGCUUUAAGAAUGAACUCCAAACCAUUCCACACUAUCAAAUGUCAUUGUAAACACAUCAGAUGAGAGAUGUUUAGGUUUCUGUUGCACAGAUGUACCACACUUUCAUGUUCUCUUGAAAGCUGUGGUGUAAACUUAACCCACAGCUGCAAUAUUAGAUUUAAGAACAGUACAAUUAAAUUGCGGAGUACCAAUUACACUAUAUUACUCUCUGCUUGUUAAAGCUGCUUUCAGGAUAUAACAAGGCUGAUUGGUUAUGAGGGGCCACUUUUUGUUGGGUUUUUGUUGUUGUUGUCAUGCAAGUUAAUAAAAAUCCAGUGGUGCUAUAACUUUAA